CGCUCACUGCGCAGGUGCAGUACUAGAGGAAGGGAGGGGCGCAUGUGCUGCAUCUUACUACACAGUGAUCCCAGCGCUGAAAGGAGAGGAUAGGCGUGUCGGCUUCCAUCUUAGCAAAUGCAGGAACUAACAAGUUCUCAGGACCCCGCGGACGGCGGAAGAUGACGGUGUGUAGCUUCUUCCUGCAGGGUCGCUGCAAGUUCGGAGACAGGUGUUGGAAUGAACAUACGAGAGAUGGACGACAACCUGGACAGAACCGAUACCAACCGCAAUCCUCGAGCUGGAAUGCAUCAGGCCAGCGACACGGACAGCCUCCAACUAUUUCAAAAAAUCUCACAUGGACCAGGGAGAACGACAGAGGUUCUUAUGGGUCUGGAUCUGGCGAUAAUAGAAGCAGAACCUCAAAGCCGACUGCGCCGUCGGGAUUCUUCUCGUCACAAAACAGAUUUAGCGGACUGGCCAACCAGGAGCACGCCAAAGAUAGCGGCCAAGACAAGGAAGAUAGCCUCUUAGCUGACAUCCAAAACGAUAUGGAGACAUGGGAAUCAUCAGGACAAUGGCUUCUCUCUGUAUAUUGUGUGUUGAAAGAGCAGCGCCACCUAUCAGGUUUCGCUGACAUCUCACCUGAAGAGUUGCGCUUGGAAUGUUACACAGCUCUCAAAGAAGGCAAAUUUCAAAAUUAUGUGAAUUCAGUACAACAGCUGGUGAACCAGUGGAAACAAAGGGUUCGUGAUGUUAUGAACAUGAAUCCAUCUUCCAACGCUGCACUGCUUAAUCAGCUAAGCAAACCACCAACUGUGGCUGCACCAUCAGCAUUUGGGGGUCAGCAGUCUGGAUCAUUUGGAAGUCUACAGCAGACUAGUUUUGGGACCUCAAGCAUGUCCUCUGACAAACCAGUUGCGGCGUCCUCCUUCAGUUUUAAGCCAGAGUCCCACACUGCUGCUCCAAAUGCUGGGGCCAGCUCUAGUUUUCCCUCCAGCGCUCCUAUGUUCAGUAGUCAGCCAUCAUUUGGAUUUGGCAACAAAGGGCCUGUAUCUGCUGCUUCAUUCUCUUUUGCACCAACUACUACACCGGGUGACGCAGCUUCAACUGCCCCUAGCAUGGCUGCAUCUGGUCCUGCUUCAGCGGUGUCCUCUGGUUUUGGAAGAAUGAUGGCUGGAGGCUUUGGAAGCAGUGUUGGCGCAGCACCAGGUUUUGGAGGGCCUCCUAGUGCUGCUGGCUUUGGGGGAUUUUCAAGUUCUACAAAGACAUCUGGCUUUGGGGCAGUGCCUACAGGAGCCAUCAGUGUUUCUACACCAGGGACAUCAUUAUUUGGGCAAGGUGUCACAGGAAGCAGUGUGUCAAGUGCUGUUGGUACCUCUGCAGCGGACUCCGUAUUAUCCACUGCAUUGUUUACACCUCGAAGUGAGCUUUCACAAGAAGACCUCCUUCAGUUUGAAUCGAGGACAUUCACACUAGGAAAAGUUCCCUUGGUGUCGCCACCAGCAGAUCUCCUAACUAUAAAAUAAAUCUGUAUGUGCUUCCCUUUUUUUUCUCCCUAUUUAUCACUGUGGAAUUUACCAAUAUUUUUAGCUGGUACAGACAGUAAAAUGUUUACACUCUGGGCUAACAGAGGUGUUCUUAUACUUUAAAGGGGUCCUCCGGUGGGAAUUUUUAUUUUUUUAUUUUUAAAUCAUCUGGUGCCAGAAAGUGAAACAGAUUUGUAAAUUACUUCUAUU